AUGCAUCACCCUCAUUUAAAAGAACUUAGGGGUAACAUACCACCAAUAGAUGAAAAUUGCCAAAUUCUUCUCUUAAUUGGCAGAGACCUUAUAGAGGCACACCAUGUCCUCGAUCAGCGCAUAGGACCACCCAGAACUCCAUAUGCACAACAAUUGAAACUUGGUUGGGUAGUGAUAGGAGAAACCUGCAUUAACAAGCAGCAUGUGCCUCUCGAGUUAAAUGUCAAAAUAACCAACAUUUUACCUACAGGACAACCUUCAACGUUUCAACCAUGUACAAGCAAAUUUGACAUUCGGGAAAACUACACAGACCCCGUUAAGAAAGAUUUACAAUCGCCACUCUUUGAAAAAACAAAGGACGAUGAUAAGCCUGGAAUGUCAUAUGAAGACACAAUGUUCAUGAAGCAGAUGGACAACGAAUUUGUGAGAGACUCGGAAGGAAGUUGGGUAGCACCGUUACCGUUCCGAGUGCCAAGACAGCCGUUGCCAAGCAACAGACAACAAGCUCUACAUCGUGCUAAUAUGUUAGACACCAGUCUGAAUAGAAACCCAGUUAAGCGGGAACAUUUUCUUACAUUUAUGAGUAAGAUCCUAGACAACAAUCAUGCAGAGCUUGCUCCACCAUUGCACGAACUUGAGGAGUGCUGGUAUUUGCCAUUGUUUGGUGUUUAUCAUCCGAAGAAACCUGAUCAGAUAAGAGGUGUGUUUGAUUCUUCAGCCAAAUGUAACGGAGUUUCACUUAACAGCGUCUUGCUUACAGGUCCAGACUUGACCAAUGAUCUCUUGGGAGUACUGCUGCGUUUCAGGAAAGAAAUGGUCGCUGUAACUGCAGACGUUCAACACAUGUUUCACUGCUUUGUAGUAAGAAAAGACCACCGAAAUUAUCUGAGAUUUUUGUGGCAUAAAAACAACGACCUACAAGAGAACCUUGUUGAAUACCGCAUGAGAGUUCAUGUUUUUGAAAAUAGUCCGUCACCUGCCGUUGCUACACUUGGACUCAGAAAAGCAGCUCAAGCAUCAGAACAAGAGUUUGGCAGUCACGUGACUAGCUUUGUCACAAGAGACUUCUAUGUCGACGACGGUCUUGCAUCAUGUCCUACUAAAGAGGAAGCUGUUAAGCUCAUGAAGGACACACAGCAAGCAUUAGCAAAAUAUGGAAACUUACGUCUUCACAAGUUUGCCUCUAAUUGUGCGGAAGUUAUGUCUGCAUUUCAUGCCAGUGAUUUGGCUUCAAAUCUUAAAGAUCUAGACUUAGAAUGCGACACCAAACCUCUACAACGUAGUCUUGGUCUCAGCUGGGACGUAAACACUGAUAACUUCUUAUUUCAAUUAUCAUCAGAAAACAAACCGAUCACUCGGAGAGGAAUUUUAUCAACGAUAAACAGUCUCUACGAUCCUCUGGGAUUUUUGGCUCCGGUGAUUUUACAAGGGAAACUCCUAUUAAGGAAAAUAGUAUCAGAAACCGUCGAUUGGGACCAACCUCUCACUGAUGAGACAGCAGAUGAGUGGAAAUCUUGGAGAGAUACUCUAAUUGCUAUCGAAACAUUGCGCAUUCCACGUACCUACGUGCCAUAUCUCAGCAAAACCGCCACGAAGGAGUUACAUGUCUUCUCUGAUGCAUCAGAAAAAGCCAUAGCAGCUGUUGCAUAUCUACGCACGACUGACAGUAGUGGUGAACCAAACAUAUGA